CUGACAGUGUCCUUGGCAAUAUCCUUUCAUUGGACACGAUCCGCCUGCGUUCCUGUUCUCGAGCGUGUUCUAUGGCAUUUCCAUCCACUCUGCCACUCUUCGUCUCUUCUCCCCUUGUCAUCUCCCCGAUCUAAGCGCCGUAUCCCGGACUCCCACGAUGCUGUCGCUGGACAGCAUUCAUUAAGAGCCAAAGUCCCGUUGAUUUCGCUUUGCUCUGUGCUGCACCAUCUGCGUCAAUCUUUCCGAGAAAAGCCUCCGGAACUUGCGGUGUAGCCACUUGUUUGGUUACCUGUGCCUUCUGUCGUUUCUUGCCUCAUCAUUAUUUUGUCUGCGCCUGUCCUUCUCUCUCUCCUCACUACCGUGAAGUUUGUCUUACAGAAUGUUCGAACAGCCUCGAGACGAGGAGUCCGGGGUGUAUGUCCCUCCUCCGGACGACCAACAGCGCGAUCCCGAUGCUACCGACGACCCUCUUCCGGAGUACCAGGACACCACCGUCUUCCCCGUCUGGCUACGCGAGUCAUCAAAGUCAUUUCGCUGGGGAUGGAUGCCGCUGCCAUUCCGAAAGGCUGGCUGGGCUGUUGUUCGCUGGGUGAAGGGUCCUGUUCCGCCUCGUACAUUGCUGCUGAAGCCGUUAUUCCCGCGACUGCAGGAACUUCCAGCCCAUUACCUGAACAGGCUCUUCCCGAAACGAUGGCAUAAGAUCGUGCUGCUGCUGCUAUUAUACGUUUCCUGGUUUCUGCCCUGGUUUCUCGUUAUGUUCCAUGCGCGGACGUCGGGCUACAUUGAAGGAUAUGGACGACCGCAGACCCUGUCUUGCACUUCGACCUAUUGGUCUUCGUCCAGAAACAACUGUGGUCUCAACGGCAACGAAUGCCGCCCAUUUUCCUCCUCACACCUUGCCUUCCGUUGUCCCGCGGAAUGCGAUGCGACCAUCUUGCUCGAACCCCACGUCGUCGGUAAUCACACCUACAAUUACCAAGGGCUUGUUGUUGGAGGACCCCGUGAAUCGUCCUCGAAGGCUAUCUACCGAGCGGAUAGCUUUAUCUGUCAAGCCGCCAUCCAUGCUGGUGUCGUCUCGAAAAUCAAUGGUGGUUGCGGCGUUGUAAAGCUUGAAGGAGCCUCGCACUCAUACCCGGCGGUUAAGCAGAAUGGGAUACAGUCUGUUGGGUUCCCAUCAACUUUUCCCAAGUCCUUCAGCUUUGUCAAAUUGUCUUCGUCGCAGGCCACCUGCCCUCAAGAUCCGAGAUGGCCGCUCCUGGGGGUCACGGUUGCUGCAAUCGUUCUCCUUUGGCUCUUCUCCUCUUCGCCGGCCGUUCUUUUUUUCAGCACCUUUUUCAUCCUCAUAUCCCAUGUCGCGCUCGUUUCCGAUCCUCCUCCGACCAUGUACCUUGCCGAUCUUGUCUCCAUCUUCCUCUCUCGGUUGUUGCCAGCGUCAUUCAUCGUAUAUGUUCUGUAUCGCUUCUGUGCGCGCCCGCUGCUGCAGCCGCUUUCAGCCCCGAUAUACCAACUGACCAAGACGUUCCUCUACCUACCGCUCGCAUUCAUCGGGGCGCUGAACAACUACACCUUUGCGAAAUGGAUCCCAUUGCAGCGGUUAACGCCCCAUGACAUACAGCAGCAACCGGGUGCCAAAUUGGCGUUAUGCCUGGUGGUUCCGAUUGUGCUAUCAAUCAUACUUGGUCAAGCCUGGCACAUCCGCUGCGGGGGCCUGAUGCCGCACUACCUCAAAGUUUAUUGUUCCAUGGGCCUCACCCUCAUAGUUCUGCUUUCCCUCCCGGAUCUUCGUCUCCGGAUUCACCACUACAUCCUUGCCAUUCUGCUCAUGCACGGUACUGCCUUCCCAACGCGUCCAUCACUGAUCUAUCAGGGAUUGCUGCUAGGCCUUUUUGUGAAUGGCGUGGGAAGAUGGGGUUUCGCAUCUAUCAUUGAGACCCCCGCAGCUCUCGGAGAGUCUCCUGUUGGACAUGGUUGGUGGGGAGCCGCUUACCCCAACAUCACUAACGCAUCGGUUUUGAUUUCCCUGCCUGGCAAUGACAAUGGCUGGACCUACCGCGGCAACGGCAACAUUACGUUCAAUCUAUGGGAGCACGAGCGUAUGCAGGAUCUCGGUGUGGACGGAGUGUCUGUUCUCGUCAACGAUGUUGAGCGCUGGAAAGGAUAUCUCGAUGAAGACAAGUCGGGAGAGUUCACCUGGCACCGUCACGGACACAGGGGCCUGGAGCUUAUUCACGGUCCCACGAUAGAAAGCGCAGAUCCUGACAUGGUCGGGGUUUCAGAUAUCGCAGAAGAAGACGAGGAACCCGAAGAUCUAUUUUUCCGAUUUGCGUAUUUGAAAGGAGCCGAAUCUGGAAACUAUGGCGGUGCCGGUGUUUGGCUCAAGGAUGGGACUUGGUUUUCACCUCCACCACCGAAAGACUAAGAUGUUUUUGUUUUCUGUGAAUUUCUUUUUCUUUCCCUUCUGCAAAUUCAUUGACCUGUUUGAUUUCGGGUCUAAAAAAGAAACAGAGAGGCAUUAUACUUUAUACCCCUGUAGAGUGAGAGAGACUCACUCACGCGGCGAGCAUAUGAUGGCGUUGCAUUACUUUGGCUGCUUGGUUGGAUAUUGGGAUCGCACUCUUUUAACUAUUUCAUCACCUAGGUUAUGGUUAUGGUGGUUUAGGUUUUUCUGGAAGGUUAAAGAAAUGGGUCCGUCCUCUGUCUAUUUGGGGUGGUAGAGUAGUAGGUUUGGGGCUUGUUGGUCGGUUGGUGAGUUGAGCUAUUAUUGUUAUAUCUUCACUCAUUUAUCUAUCAAUCCAUCCACUACGCCACUCUGCUGGUUUCCGGUUUUUUGUACAUAUAUAUGUUAUAUGUGUCACUAUAUAGGCUUUUUAUACCCUGCAUCUUGCUGAAGGGACGAACCUUGCCACCUCUCCUUCCUUUGGGGGGUUUUGGGAUGUGUCGUCGGCCGAUACAUGGAGUAGACUGCAGACAGGAGCAAUGAUACUACUGUAUCUGCUGUAGAUAGAACCGAUUUGAUCUAUGCGAGUCUGUAUAAGAG